AUGAAUGUAGAAAUUUGUAAUUAUCAAGAUGAUGAUAGUGAUUCUAUUAAAAUUGAAAUAUAUACACAUAAUUGUAAUCCAUAUUCAUGGUAUGAUUUAAAUAAUACACCACAAGGCUUCUUCUCCGAUUAUAAAAUUGAACAUUUAUUUAGAGAUUUAACAAAUACAUUGAGAAUUAAUGUUCAUCAAGCACCAGUUCCUUCUCUUUUCUAUAGACAUAAAUUAUUUAAUCAAACUAUUGAUAAUGUAUUUCUUCCUAAUGAAGUUUCUAAAUUUAUUGAAAGUAGAACUAAAUUUACAACAAUGAAAGUUUAUUUACCUAAAGAAAAUAAUUCAAUUAAAGUUGAAACUGAUAUUGGAAAUAUUAUAUUUAGAAAUUUGAAAAAUUUAAAUGAAUGUUUUGUAAAAUCAUCAUUUGGAUCAUUAUAUAUUGAUAAAGAUGGCAUUGAUAAUGUAAAAAAAUUUAAUUUGGAAAUGUUAUAUGGAUCUUGCUUUAUUAAGAAAGUAUCUAAUGUGGAAAAUUUGAAAAUUAAUCAUUUAUUUUCACUUAUAGAUCAUUUUGGACGUGGAGCUGGAAUUUUAGCAUCAAAUUCAAUUACAUUAGAUAAUAUUGAUUCAAAUUCUAAUGUAAAUAUUCAUACAAUAGAUCCAAUAGAUAUAUUUGUUAAUCAGAUUAGUCUUACAAAUAAUAAUACUCUAUCAAUUUCAUGUAGAACUAAAGAUGGUACUUUAUUUACGUAUACUUCAAAUGGAAUUCAAGUUUUUGUAUCUGAUGAAGUCAAUUCAGGCACAAAUUCAAAACUUAAAAUAUUCUCAGAUUCUAAUCCAAUUACUUGCUAUUUUGAUAAGAAUUCUGUUGUAAAUUAUAAAGUACAGGCUGUUUCACAAAGAAGUGAUGUCUCAGUAGAUUACAACAAUAUAAUAUUUGAUGGAAGUGAUGUUGUGAAUAGUGUGAAUGGAACAAUUGUUAGUAGAAAAGAUACUAAACGAUUACAUCUUCUCAAUCAAUCAAUAAUUGAUUCUCCUCAAGAAGAAAAUAUUGAUACUACUGCUACUGAUUUAUCCUCAUUAACUGAAUGCCCAAUUGGUGGUGAUGUAUCAAUGACUUGUAGACAUUCACAAAUUCACAUUAAACAAUAUGAAUAUCUUUUAUUGGGUGAUGGUGAACAAGGUGCUGAUUCUGAUUUGAGUACAAGACGAUUACUCUAUCAGAAACAAAGUACCUCAGAGUAUUAUAUUGAACUUUUGGAUUAUAGAAUUGCAAAGAGAGAUGCUUUUGUUUACGUUUCCAUAGCUGUUUUAUUGAUAAUUUAUGUUUCCAUUAUCAAAUUUUAUUCAAUUCCAACAUUUGAAAAGCAAGCUUGGUUGAACAAUAGUGGAAUGGCUUCAACGAUGGGAAAUCCAACUGAGGCUUUAAGACCAAACACUAAAUAA